AGCAUCAAAGAUGGCGGCCACCCUCGUUUCGUACUGGAGCGAUUCAGAUUCAGAUAAUGAGACCAAAUCUCAUGUUAUUCCCGAAAAGGUUGACCCCGAUGCUCUGGCACARCUUCAACCGUUGAAAUCUGGCAAAACAAUGUCACUGGCUGUCCUCAAUUCAGCUCCCGAGGUCGCCGUAAAGGAGGCUGUGGAGACUGGCGUACAUCUGGACCCCUCUCUCAAAGAGGUCACCUACAACCCCACAUAUGAAACCAUGUUUGCACCAGAGUUGGGUCCUGUCAACCCAUAUAAAAGUCAACAGAUGGCUGCACCCAGGAAUAUGCUGUCUGGCUAUGCAGAGCCUGCUCACGUCAACAACUUUAUGUUUGAACAGCAGAGGAGGACCUUCUCCACCUUUGGCUAUGCUCUGGAUCCGUCUGUGGAUACAAGCCAAAACUCCUCCAAUAGCUACAUCGGUGCAGUGGACGAGGCAGAGAAAAAGAAAGGAUUGACUGUGUUUGAGGUUGGCCCAAAGAAGACUGACAAGAGGAAAAAGGUGCAAGGAGGUGAAGCAAAUGACAUUGACAAUUACCUCGGGCCCUGGGCGAAAUACGCGGAUGAAAAGGACGGCGCCAAACCAUCAGAGGAGGAACAGAAGGAGCUGGACGAGAUCACAGCCAAGAGGCAGAAGAAGGGAAGGAACGAGGAAGAGGCUCCGGCGGAGGAGAAGACCAUUCUCCAUGUCAAAGAUGCGUACGACUACCAGGGGAGGUCAUACCUCCACGUACCCCAAGACGUGGGCAUCAACCUGCGUACUGCAGACAUCCCAGACAAGUGUUACCUGCCCAAGAAACAGAUCCACGUCUGGUCUGGACACACCAAGGGGGUCAGUGCUAUCCGUCUGUUUCCUGUGUCAGGUCACCUGCUGCUCUCCUGCUCUAUGGACUGUAAGGUCAAGUUGUGGGAGGUGUAUAACGAGAGGAGGUGCAUACGGACAUUUAUCGGCCACAGUAAAGCAGUGCGGGAUAUCUGCUUCAACAACACUGGGUCUCAGUACAUGAGUGCAGCCUACGACCGCUACCUCAAACUCUGGGACACCGAGACGGGCCAGUGCAUCUCCCGCUUCACCAACAGAAAGGUGCCAUACUGCGUCAAGUUCAACCCAGACGAGGACAAGCAGAAUCUGUUUGUGGCUGGCAUGUCAGAUAAGAAGAUUGUUCAGUGGGACGCGAGGACAGGAGAGGUGGUUCAGGAGUAUGACCGUCACCUGGGAGCGGUCAACACCAUCACAUUUGUGGAUGAGAACCGCCGUUUCGUCAGCACGUCUGACGACAAGUCCCUCCGCGUGUGGGAGUGGGACAUUCCCGUGGACUUCAAGUARAUCGCAGAGCCCAGUAUGCACUCAAUGCCUYCUGUAACACUCUCACCCAAUGGUAAGUGGCUGGCCUGCCAGUCCAUGGACAACCAAAUCCUGAUCUUUGGAGCCCAGAACCGUUUCCGUCUGAACAAGAAGAAGAUCUUCAAGGGCCACAUGGUGGCUGGCUACGCCUGCCAGGUGGACUUCUCCCCAGACAUGAGCUAUGUGGUGUCUGGCGAUGCGGAUGGGAAGCUGAAUAUCUGGGACUGGAAGACCACCAAGCUGUAUCACCGGAUCAAGGCCCACGACAAGGUGUGCAUCAGCGCCCUGUGGCAUCCUCAUGAGACCUCCAAGGUCAUCACCUGUGGCUGGGACGGACAGAUCAAACUCUGGGACUAGAAACAUGGGGGUGGGGGGUGCAGAUGGACUCCCUCUCUUUAGGGGGAGAGGUGGUGGUCUUUCUGUCAUGUAUUUUCCAUAAUUUAAUGGCAGRCAUAGGGCUGGUAUCCAGUCCUYUUUUAACUCKGUGUAUAUUUCUACCCCAUCUGAAGAGGGGACACCGGUGGAUUGAACUUUGAACUGGUGAUGUUGAUAAAGAGCUGUAUACAUUUGAAGUUGGAAGUUUACAUAGACUUAGGUUGGKGUCAUUAAAACUUGUUUUUCAA